ACGACUCUUCCACACCAGUUCUAUAGACUUUACUGAUCUUUCAUUUGCGACUCCACACAAUGUCCGCCACGCCCAUCCCUCACCUCUACCGCUCGCUCCUCAGAGAACUCCGUCUUGCCUCCCACAAGUCAAGAACGAGCCGUAACCCCACAGUGAACACCCACAUCCGAACCCUCGUCGAAUCGUCCUUACGCGACCCCCACGCACUUUCAAAGAUAUUACUGGAGACAAGGGACUUUCUGCGGGCUACUCGAAUCCAUGCUGACCUACUCAAAAGGUACAACCCCACACACGGCAUGUCCCAAGAAGAGCGAGUGGUGGCCACAGCCCGACGAGUGGGGUUGAAUGCUCCCAAAGAGUAUGAGGGAAAGGAAUAGAUUCAGUUUACCUUGAGAAAAGGUGGAUUAUGCAACC